CGGGACCGAGCAGAGUAGCGGGGAGGGGUCCGGUCACGGCUCACCGGUUGGUCCGCGCGGGAGCUGCUCUCAGCGCUCCACGGCCAAUAGGCUGCGUGUUCUCGGCCACGCCCGCGCGAGCUAGCUUCUCGCGAGGCCGGUUAGGCCCGAAUGUCGUUAGCCGUGGGGAAAGAUGGCGGAAAAUUUAAAAGGCUGCAGUGUGUGUUGCAAGUCAUCUUGGAAUCAGCUACAGGAUUUGUGCCGCCUGGCCAAGCUCUCCUGCCCUGCCCUUGGCAUCUCUAAGAGAAACCUCUAUGACUUUGAAGUCGAGUACCUGUGUGAUUACAAGAAGAUACGCGAGCAGGAGUAUUACCUGGUAAAAUGGCGUGGAUACCCAGACUCAGAGAGCACCUGGGAGCCACGGCAGAAUCUGAAGUGUGUGCGCAUUCUCAAACAGUUCCAUAAAGACUUAGAAAGGGAGCUGCUUCGGCGGUACCACCGGUCUAAACCACCCCGGCACCUGGACCCAAGCCUGGCCAACUACCUUGUACAGAAGGCCAAGCAGAGGCGGGCGCUGCAGCGCUGGGAGCAGGAGCUCAAUGCCAAGCGCAGCCAUCAGGGAUGCAUCACUGUGGAAAAUGAAGUGGACCUGGACGGCCCCCCGCGGGCCUUUGUGUAUAUCAACGAGUACCGUGUUGGUGAGGGCAUCACUCUCAACCAGGUGGCCGUGGGCUGUGAGUGCCAGGACUGUCUGUGGGCACCUUCUGGCGGCUGCUGCCCCGGGGCCUCACUGCACAAGUUUGCCUACAAUGACCAGGGUCAGGUGCGGCUGCGUGCCGGGUUGCCUAUCUAUGAGUGCAACGCCCGCUGCCGCUGUGGUUAUGACUGCCCCAACCGCGUGGUACAGAAGGGCAUACGCUAUGACCUCUGCAUCUUCCGCACGGAUGAUGGGCGCGGCUGGGGCGUCCGCACACUGGAGAAGAUCCGCAAGAACAGCUUUGUCAUGGAGUACGUGGGAGAGAUCAUUACCUCAGAGGAGGCAGAGCGGCGGGGCCAGAUCUACGACCGCCAGGGCGCCACCUAUCUCUUCGACCUGGACUACGUGGAGGAUGUGUACACAGUGGAUGCUGCCUAUUAUGGCAACAUUUCCCACUUUGUCAACCACAGUUGUGACCCCAACCUCCAGGUAUACAACGUCUUCAUAGACAACCUUGAUGAGCGGCUGCCCCGCAUCGCUUUCUUUGCCACGAGAACCAUCCGGGCAGGCGAGGAGCUUACCUUUGAUUACAACAUGCAAGUGGACCCAGUGGACAUGGAGAGCACCCGCAUGGACUCCAACUUUGGCCUGGCUGGGCUCCCUGGCUCCCCCAAGAAGCGUGUCCGUAUCGAGUGCAAGUGUGGGACUGCAUCCUGCCGCAAAUACCUCUUCUAGCCUUUUGGAGUCAGGCCAGACUGACCAUGGGGGCCUGAAGCCUCCCACCCCACCCACCCACUGCUGCCCUUCUUUUGAGGAAUGACUGCCAGGGCCUCCUGCUGCCCCCCACGUGCCCCAUGGUCAGGGCUGUGGGGCUACAGUGAGGACUGACUCUGGGAGUCCCCUCUGCCUGUCCUGGCCCCAUCUGUGGGUUGCACUUAACAACCCCCCACCCAGCCUACCUUUAGAAAUAAUUUUUCAACACCAGAGCUUUCUGCAGUUGGCAUUCCUGGCCUGUCAAGGAGGUAGGUCCAUAGGGUGAGCCCCAGCCCAGCCCCAGAAUAGAAAGACAUCUGCUUUUGUACCUGCUUCUGCCUAGAGCUUGAGAGGUCUUGUGUAGGCCCUCUCCCUACUGCCCUGAGGGUGUGGAGAAGCAGCCCCAGGGCAGGGUGACAUCAGAGCCCAGAGUUCCCAGCCUGGUUGAUUCCCCUACCACAGAAAUUUUGUGCUUGUGAAAGAAAGGGGGUCUCCAGGGCUGGGGGCUGAGUCUGGUUUCUGCUCAUGCUCAAGCGCCAGCUAGCAUUGGCCUAAGAGCUGUAGGGUCUCAGGGCUGUGCAUCUGAGAAGUGGACACCCACAUGCUACUGGAAGGGGUCUGGAUGCUCCUGGCCCACUGACUAUGAUGGGUAGGUGGUUCAGACUUUUCCAACCCUUAACAUGGGCUGAGACGCAGCUCUGCCUCUGGGAGAGCAUAGAAGGCACUCAGGGCUUUCUGGAGCUCAGAGGGCACUGGGAGCCCUGACCUGCGGUGUGAUGACUGCUGGGACUACUCAGAGCUGGAACAGAGCCCUAGCUAGGCUGUAUAGAUAGCACUUAGGAUGAAAAUGUGCAUUGAUGGGGUGCUGGUGAGGUGUCAGGCACUGACUGGGCAGAGCACCUGGUCCAUGUGGAUUGUCUCAGGGAAGCCUUGAAAACUAUGGAGGUGGAUCCCAGGAAAGGGCCUUGUGGCAGAAGACAAAAGUACAGGCCGAGAAUGGGGGUGUGGUGAGUUAAGCAGAAAGCCUGUGCUGCCUGCCAGCCCCAGCCCCCAGCCCUCUGCACUCACCUUGGGUCCACUGGACUCAAAAAGUUACCUGGCCACAAAUGUACAAAAGGUGAAAGCUUUUGCCCCUUGCUUCCCCUGUGAGGUUUUCUCUAGGAAGCCUUCCCAGACUACCUGUGCCCAGAGUGCCCCUACAUGAGGCUGUGUGCCCUGCCACCAGAUGCUGGAUCUGUGUGUCCGUUUGUGUGUGUGUGUGUGUCUGUGUGUCCAUGCUCUCCGCCCCCAGGCUGACCUUCAGGAAUGAGCUGAAUCUGAUUCUCCUCUGUAUACCCCUCAGCCCUACCCAGCCUGGGGUAGACAUCAAUAAAAUGAAUUACUGACUGAA